CCCCACAGUCUCUGUCACCUGACAGUAGGUGGAGAAAUGGACCUGUAUAUAGCUCUGCCUCUCUAGCCAGGCCAGGAACAGAUGCCAAGGACAGAGACAUUGACAAGCACUGUUCCUCAGCCACCUCUCCACCAUGAAGCUGCUUGCGAUGACUGUGCUGCUGGUUACCAUCUGCAGCCUGGAAGGGGCUCUGGUUCGGAGGCAGGCAGAGGAGCCAAAUCUGGAGGGCCUGAUCUCUCAGUACUUCCAGCCCAUGGCCGACUAUGGCAAGGACCUGCUUGAGAAGACCAAGGCCCAGGAGUUUCCGGCUCAAAUCCAGUCUUACUUUGAAAAGGUUCAGGAGCACGUGGUACCUUUGUUCAAGAAGGCCGGAACUGAUGUGUUUAACACAUUGAUCAGUUUUAUAGACCUCCAAAAAACACAGCCUGCUGCCCAGUGAAGUGUCUAAAUCAUUGUCCUCCAACCCCAGCUGGCCCCUAGCACAUCCAUGGGCCAGGUCUAGAGCCCUUCUCUCUACCUUGCUCUCCAUUUUCUACAAUAAAUGCAGGAGUCAAAA